AAAAUAAUAUUGAAAUAAUGAAUACAAUUAUUGAGAAGAAUAUAAUACCAACAAGUAAUAAUACAUCAAUUGAAACAUUAAAUGAUUUAAUAUAUGCGUUACAUCAAGUAUUUGAAAGUAAUUCGGUGAAUAUUGAUUAUGUUAGUUAUUUAAUGAAAUCGUAUAAAUCAAAUUCAGUUGAUUGGAAAAAAUUUGCGAAAUUUGAUCGUUAUAGGUAUACAAGAAAUUUAGUGGACGAAGGAAAUGGAAAAUUUAAUUUGAUGCUACUUUGUUGGGGUGAAGGUCAUGGGUCUGCCAUACAUGAUCAUGCGAACGCUCAUUGUUUUAUGAAAGUGCUCCAAGGAGAACUUGAAGAGGUACGUUUUAGUUGGCCAGAGAAAGUACUAGAAAAUGACAAUACCGACAUCAACGAUGAAAGUAGUGCAUUACAAGAAAUUUCAAGAAGUAGACUUGAAUUAAACAAUGUCUGCUAUAUAAAUGAUACAAUGGGACUACACCGUGUUGAAAAUCCUUCACAUUCAAAUGUUGCAAUAAGUUUACACUUAUAUUGUCCACCGUUCGAUGCUUGUCAUAUAUUUAAUCAACAAACUGGAAAAAAAACUGUCAGCCAAGUAACAUUCUGGUCCAAAUUUGGUAGCAGACGAAACCGGGAUAUCCAAGCAAAUCGUGAACCUGAAGAUAAUUAAAUACAUGGAAGUAACACCAAACACUUUUGUCCAGAAACUUCAAUUAAUUAUAUCUUGAAUUUUGUA